GAUGCUAUGAUCUAUUACACAAACAAGAAGGUCUCAAAGAUCGGUCCGUAUCUGGCGUUAAAGCUGACGAAAGCUGAGGAUGUAAUGUCAACAACAAAAAAAGGAAUUGAAAGCUCUCCUUGAUCAACUCAAAGUGUCAGAAAGUCAGGUAGAACUCUGGCUUGCAGAGGCACAGAAUCCUGCUAGUUGUCAGCGACUGAGACGAGAUCUGUCCAGCAAGGCCAGUAUCUUACAUUCUGUCAACAAACACAGUGUUGAGAGGGCUGCAUCUUGAAAUGUACAGAUGGCCAGGCUAUUGCAAUUAAACUGCAGAAAAACAUCAACAGAACCAAUCGGCAUAUUAAGAAGAUGGCGGAAAUCUUCAACACAAAGGACAUGGAUGAGAGUUUACCAGAGUCACUUGUUUACGAAGAUGCGUUGAAGGGACAUUACUUAGGCAGGAAGAAGCACCAAUUGAUCAAGUUGCUAGCUGUUCUUUUCAAGAUGGCAGCCUUCUGGACAAUGAAAGCACCUGUUGCUGAUUCUUCUCAUCAGGAUGACUGCAGACAAGAUACUGAAACACAGGAACAGUUAAAUGGAGCUGUAGUGUCAACAAGUUCACCAAAUAAGAGUCAUUGUGCUGCUAGCGCAUAUACACAAGCAUGGAUAUCAAAAUUUGCCUCACACGGUGCGCCUACUGGUAGUUCAACUCUUACAAAAGAAGCCAUAACUGUUCAAACAAGGAAGUUAUGUCUGCAAAGUUCCACAGAGAGAAGGUCACCAGAAAAAUGUCCGUCACAAGAAAGUUCCAAAUUAAGACAUCUGAGAAGUGACUACGAAAAGCUUGAAGACAAGUGUGAAUGGCUAAAAGAUGAACUUGUGAAGACAGACAGGCGCUAUAAAUACUUUUAUGACAUCAUAAGAAUGACCAAGACAACACAGAUAUAG